AUGGCGGUGGCGGUUGGCCUCGCCGGUGUGCCGGCACAGGACGAGCUGGUCCGCUCGGUCACCCUGCACCGCCGCCGGUCCCUACUGCUGAGGGGGACAGUUCUGCCGUUCUCCGCGCUGUACCCGGCCUGGCUAUACCUGUGGGUGUCGGUGUACGGAAUGUCGGAGUACCCGGAGGCCGGACUCAUCUGCCUGGCCGGGCUCGGGCUCGUGCACGCGCUCACCGUGCUCUCGGGGCUGUGGUCCGUGCACGCGAACUGCGCGCUCUCCUGCUCUAAGGACUCAAAUCCCAAAACUGCUACAUUAGCAAAAGUUGUUCCGACUCCAAACAAUGGAUCCGCUGAGUUAGUGCCACUGGUUAGAGAAAAGAGAGAAGAUGGGACAGAGACAAUUUCCUUUGAAUUCCAAAAAAUAAAGUAUUGUUACGAUUCGGGGGAGAAGAAAGGUUUUCUCCCUGUUGUGUUUCCUGUGGAGCGUCCCCUGUCUUAUUACCAGAGUGCUAAAGGAUAUGUGGAAGAAUCAGACAUUAAAGCUGCUGAAAAGAAGUAUGGAUCCAACAAAGCUGAAAUGGUGGUCCCGGAUUUCUUACAUCUCUUUAAAGAGAGGGCUAUUGCCCCCUUCUUUGUGUUUCAGGUGUUCUGUGUGGGGCUGUGGUGCCUGGACGAAUACUGGUAUUACAGCGUCUUCACCCUCUUUAUGCUGGUGGCGUUUGAAGCUUCACUGGUCCAGCAGCAGUUGAGGAACUUGUCUGAGAUCAGGAAGAUGGGGAACAAACCGUAUAUGAUUCAGGUGUACAGAAAUCGGAAAUGGAGGCCCAUCUCCAGCGAUGAAAUCAUAACGGGAGAUAUUGUGUCCAUAGGAAGAUCAGCCAAUGAGAACUUGGUUCCUUGUGAUGUACUUCUGCUGCGGGGACGCUGUAUUGUAGAUGAAGCAAUGCUGACUGGGGAGUCUGUGCCUCAGAUGAAGGAACCUAUUGAAGAUUUGGAUUCAGAGCAUGUUUUAGAUCUAAAUGCUGACUCCAGAUUACAUGUCAUUUUUGGGGGCACGAAAGUGGUGCAGCACACUCCCCCUCAGAAGGCAACCAGCGGCCUCAAACCUCUUGAUAAUGGAUGUGUGGCCUAUGUCUUGAGAACUGGAUUUAAUACUUCCCAGGGAAAACUUUUGCGUACUAUUCUAUUCGGAGUGAAACGUGUGACCGCUAACAAUCUGGAGACCUUCAUCUUCAUCCUCUUCCUCUUGGUGUUUGCCAUUGCUGCUGCGGCAUACGUCUGGAUAGAAGGCACGAAAGAUCUGAGUAGGAACCGUUACAAGCUGUUCCUGGAAUGCACACUAAUCCUGACUUCCGUUGUACCUCCGGAGCUCCCCAUUGAGCUCUCCCUAGCAGUCAACACCUCGCUGAUCGCUCUGACCAAACUCUAUGUGUACUGUACUGAGCCAUUCAGGAUCCCUUUUGCUGGCAAAGUUGAAAUAUGUUGCUUUGACAAGACUGGGACAUUAACCAGUGACAGCUUCGUAGUGCGCGGUGUGGCUGGACUCAAAGAUGGAAAAGAUGUAACUCCCAUCUCUGACAUUCCCAUUGACACACACAGAGUGGUAGCUACAUGUCACUCUCUAGUCCAGCUGGAUGAUGGGACACUGGUCGGAGAUCCUCUAGAGAAGGCCAUGCUAACUGCUGUGGACUGGGCCCUAACCAAAGAUGAGAAAGUAUUUCCUCGAAGUAUUAAAACCCAGGGACUGAAAAUCCACCACCGAUUCCAUUUUGCCAGUUCUCUUAAGCGGAUGUCUGUACUAGCGUCCUAUGAGCGCCCAGGCUCCACUGAUCUGUGUUGUGUGGCUACUGUCAAAGGAGCUCCUGAGACUUUGCAGAAGAUGUUCUCUCAUUGUCCAGAGUACUACAACCAAGUACACACAGAGAUCUCUAGAGAAGGAGCCAGAAUCCUUGCCCUGGGGUACAAAGAACUUGGACAUCUUUCCCAUCAGCAGAUCCGUGAAGUCAAACGAGAAAUGCUCGAGUACGAUCUGAAGUUUGCAGGCUUCAUUGUGGUCUCCUGCCCACUCAAAGCGGACUCUAAAGCGGUUAUAAAAGAGAUCCAGAAUGCAUCUCAUCACGUGGUGAUGAUCACUGGAGACAAUCCCCUCACUGCCUGCCAUGUGGCUCAGGAGCUCAGUUUCAUUGAGAAACAGAACACAUUGGUCCUUCAGCCUACACGGGACACAAAAGAGGCCACCUGGAUGUGGCAGUCCAUUGAUGGGACAAUAUCUCUGCCAGCUUUCCCAGACUCUGUGGAAGCAUUUACUGAUAACUUCUACCUGUGUCUAACAGGAGAGGGUCUGUCCUACCUGCAGGCCACCAGAGGAGACCUGCUGUCUAUCCUUAUCCCUCACACGCAAGUGUUCGCACGAGUAUCCCCAAAGCAAAAGGAAUUUGUGAUUACGAGUUUAAAAGAGCUAGGCUACAUCACAUUGAUGUGCGGUGACGGGACCAAUGAUGUGGGAGCUUUAAAACAUGCCAAUGUGGGGGUGGCACUGCUUGCCAAUGCACCGGAACGCCUGCCCGAAAAGAAAAGAAAGCCCCGUGAAAUUGUGGGGGAUGUCAAACAUUCUGGUCCUCCGUUCUCAAGCAACUCCAUCAAACCGACUUCACGAGCUGCUAAGAACCGGAUCAUGUUACAGCGCGAGGAACAGGCGGUCCAUAAGGAGAGAAUUAGCCAGGUCCUGAAGGAGUUGGAGGAGGAUCAGGUGCAGGUUGUGAAGUUGGGAGAUGCCAGCAUAGCUGCUCCAUUCACCUCUAAGCUUUCCUCUAUACAGUGCAUCUGCCAUGUUAUCAAACAAGGGCGCUGUACUCUCGUAACAACACUGCAAAUGUUUAAAAUACUUGCACUAAAUGCUCUUAUAUUGGCCUACGGGCAGAGCGUCCUGUAUCUUGAGGGUGUGAAAUUCAGUGAUUUUCAGGCAACACUACAGGGCCUCCUUCUGGCUGGCUGCUUUCUCUUCAUCUCCCGUUCCAAGCCUCUGAAGUACCUCUCCAGGGAGCGACCUUUGCCCAACAUCUUUAACCUGUACACGAUCCUGACUGUGCUCUUACAGUUUUUUGUCCACUUCUGCAGCCUCAUAUAUUUAUACAGAGGGGCGAUAGAACGAACUGAAGCCAGGAAAGAAGAGUUUGUGGACUUGUAUAAGGAGUUUGAGCCAAGCUUGGUGAAUAGCACAGUGUACAUAAUGUCUAUGGCUAUGCAGAUGGCCACAUUCGCUAUCAACUACAAGGGUCACCCGUUCAUGGAAAGCCUGCGAGAAAAUAAGCCUUUGCUGUGGAGUAUUGUGUUAUCUGGUAUGGCCAUCAUGGGUCUUCUCUCUGGUACAUCUCCAGAAUUCAAUGAGCAGUUUGGCUUGGUGGACAUCCCUAUGGAGUUCAAGCUGGUGAUUGUCAAAGUUCUCUGUUUGGACUUCUGCUUGGCCUGGGUGGUGGACCGGAUUCUCCAGUAUUUCUUGGGGAGCUGUAAGCUGAAAGUGCCUUCUUGAAACCAGUCCAUAAAGACUAAAACAAUGAUCAGAAAUAUAAGUCCCAUCUUACAGUUUCAGUCCUCGUUCCCAAGAGCACCUUUGCCCCCGAGGUGGAAUAAAGCAAAUGGGAUAAAGUGACAAGAUGAAGAGGAUAUAACUUAACACUUGAAACUUGAAUUACAUGUUUAAGGACAUGAUAAACUGAUCCUAUUUUUUUUCUACUGGAAUUCGCUUUUGGAAAGCGCAAACAAUUUGUUAAAUAAACAGCAUUGGUGAAUUUUAAAAA